UCUCAAUAAAAGCAAGGCCACCCUUCCAGUCGCCUCCCCACCAUCUUCGUCUCUUUUCAAACAGGAGUUAGCUAGCCACCCUCAACCCCACCAGGAUGAGUAGCUUCACCAACUUCUACGAAACCUGGUUCGACCACCUGCGCCAGCUGUUGAACCAGCUCUCCGCAUCCCCAAGACCCCCCUCCACCCCCGACCAGCAACGCGAUCUCGUCCACCUCGUCCGCAAGGUUAUGUCCCACUACUCUGAUUACUACCGGGUCAAAUCCCUCGCAGCACAUCGCGACGUCGUCUCGGUCCUCGCUGCCCCAUGGGCCACCUCGCUGGAGCGGUCACUCCGCUGGAUCGGAGGGUGGCGCCCCACCACCGCCUUUCACCUCGUCUACACCGAAUCCUCCAUUCGCUUUGAGUCCCACAUGGUCGAUAUCCUCCGCGGACUGAGCACCGGCGACCUCGGCGAUCUCUCCCCCUCUCAGUUCCGCCUAAUAAGCGACUUACAGUGUGAAACAGUAACGGAAGAAAAUGCAAUAACGGAUGAGCUAUCAGAGUGGCAGGACGGCGCGAGUGAGUUCCUUGUCGAGAUUGCAAACAUGGAGGAGAAGAUCGGACGGCUGAUUAGCGUUAUAGAAAAGGCUGAUGAUCUACGGCUGAGAACGGUGCAGAGGUUAGUGGAGUUGCUGACGCCACAUCAAGCUGUGGAGUUCUUCAUUGCAGCCGCUGAGUUGCAGUUUGGAAUCCGUGGUUGGGGAAUAAAUCAGGACCGUCAGCGUACCAACGGUGAUUAAGGCAUGGUAGUUGUACUUUGGUUUUCACCCUAGAGACACAAGACCAACUCCUUUCUAUGUUUGGUUUUCAAAUUUUAAUCUAUAAUAUUAAACCUCGUUUGUUGUAA